CAAACUUCAAUCAUCAAAUCUUAGCUCAAGUCAUAUCCAAGAUCUUGUUGUUCGUGGCUUUCUCUAGGGCUCUUUUGGAUAAUUUCUUGAAGUGAAAAUCGGAUAGGUCAUUGAUAGUUUCAUACGCUAAGAAAGUCGGGUUGCGUCGAAACUCUCACCGUCUCGUUCAUUCCACUCGGGGUUCAGAAAAAAGGUUUAAGAUCUCUAGGGUUUAAAAGCUUUCUGCAACUCUCACCGUCUCAUUCAUUCCACUCGGGGUUCAGAAAAAAGGUUUAAGAUCUCUAGGGUUUAAAAGCUUUCUGCAAGUUCUCUCUGCUCCCCGAGCACAAGCUUCCCAGGAGGGGGAAAAAUGGCAAGUUCGAUGGCUGCUGUCUCACGCAGACUCUACCGCUCCCUUCUCUCGAACUCCAAGUCGUCUCAAAUGUCCAUGCCUUUCUGCACAACAACCGUCUCCUCUUUCGAGCACUCAGAAGCAGAGACCGAGACUCUCAACUCGGACACCGAGGCAGUUCCCAACUCCGCCGCUGAUUCUUCUUCAUCGUCGCCCCCCGCCGGCGAACGAGUGGUGUUUGAUCGCCCGCUUGAGGGUGGCCUCGAUACCGGAGUUUACAAGGCGAUAUUGGUGGGGAAAGUUGGGCAGAGUCCAUUUCAGAAGAAAUUGAAGGGCGGGAGAACGGUGACUCUGCUCUCCCUGGGAACCGGAGGGAUUCGAAAUAACCGUAGGCCUCUGGAGAAUGAGGUGCCCAGAGAUUAUGAGAAUCGAUGUGCUGUUCAGUGGCAUCGUGUCUCGGUUUACCCUGAGAGAUUGGGGGAUAUUGUCAUGAAGAAUAUUGUGCCCGGUUCAAUUGUGUAUCUGGAAGGAAAUCUGGAGACCAAGAUAUUUACGGAUCCGAUAACCGGUAUCGUGCGCCGUGUAAGAGAGAUUGCUAUUCGUCGAAAUGGGAGAAUCGUGUCGUUGGGAGGAAGAGAUGACGCCCGCAAAGCUAGCCCGCCAGAGCUGAAAGGUGUUGGGUACUACUAGGAGUAUGGUAGGAAGUGACCGGCCAUUGUUGCCCCGAGAGUCGGCCUCAGACGAUCGGAUACUCUAUAUUGGUUUGAUGUAGUAAAAGCUGCAGCAGUGAGUAAAUCUGGCCAGUACAGUAAUUCUGUAAUUGCAUUCUGCCAUUUUCUUGGGCAGUUGAAAGAUGCAACAUGAAGUAAUACUUUGCCGGUGACUGUCUGUUUCCUUGUGUUACUUUCAUCUACUUCAUUGAAAAACAGGCGACUCGGUCAAAUGAGCAGCCUGCCAUUGGAGAGCAGUUGGAAAGGGAAGAGUAUGAAUAAGGAAACCGUCCCGCGAGGAUUCGUUAUCUCUGGCGUCAGCGGCAGAACACAGAAAAGCAUGCAGAGUCAGUCUUUGGCAGGACCAGCUGCCGUCGAUUCGUCUCUCUCUCUCUCUCUCUCUUUUAUUAUUGUCUCGGAAAUGCUUGUUUCAGCUUCAGGCUGGGAGUGGGAACUAGGACUAGAUAGAUACGUGGCAGGCAGUUAUCCAACGUAGCCAUGAUCAGUGAACAGAACCCAGCAGUUGACCGCGCACCUUCACGCUCUCGCACGUCCCAUCUCUUCUCAUCGGUAUUAUUGUUAAACAGUUUUUUUUGGCGGGAGAGUAUCUUUUUCCUGCUCAAUCUCCCGCCAUUGUUCGUUUUGGGGCAAGAUUCAAGAUCCAAUAAUGGUCUCCCAGCCUAGCUUCCUUCCUAUAUAUUUUGGUGGACAAAGAAAACAGAUCAACCGAGACGCCUAGGGUCGUAUGUCAACUCAUGUGAGUGAGCGACUACGAGGGAGGGACCCAAUUUUACGUGGAUCAGCCAGCCAUUUGAGGCAAAGUAGGGGGGCAGGUAUGCUC